CAUCUAUCGAUGCAUCGGUAUUCCAAUCGACUUGUAACCACCACCAUAUCAAACGAAAUCACAAAGAAAACAUAUAUUAUAAAGUCCAAAAUUGUGAUUUUCUGAUGCAAAUUGUGCCGCGACGAAGGUGACUUGCAAUGGAGGCCACCUCUGCUAAAAACGCCCCCUCCGCCAUUACCGCAUCCGGCGAAAAAAUGAAUUAUGCACUGCAAGUUGCCCUGCAGACGAUUAAAGAGCGAUGCAUCCAGUUGCAACGCCGCGUGACCAGCAUGGAGGAGGAAAACCAAAGGCUGCGCGAGGCCUCGGCCAAAUCGGAUGGUCAGAUGCCGGGUAGUGGAUCCGGCGCUGGAGACGUCAUAUCUCUGCGCGCUCAGGUGGGUGAACUGCAGCGGCAGAAGGAGCAGCUGGAGGAGCACAUCAGCAUGGUGUCCAACGAAAACAGGCGACUUUGGUCGCGCUUAUCACAGCUCUCCAAGGAUCAGCAGUUACAGCAGGCGGCUCCCCCAUCGCCUGACUCGCGUGCCAAUCUAAACCAGAACCUGGUGCGCUCCAAGACUUUCACACAGCACUCUCCCAAUCCUCACCUGCGCCAAAAGAUGCUUUCCGAUGGAAUAAGGGAUCUCAGCCUAGAAGAGAUAGCCCUGGACGACUUUGGGGCUGGCGACUCUGAGCUGGGGUAUCCCUAUGGUCUGCCCGUGGAAGAGACCUCCGCCAGUGAAGCAGAUGCCAACGUGGAUGCCAAACGAUGCAUGGACGGGCUGCAGGAGAUGCGGCGGGAAGCGAUGAAGCAGCAGCAGGAACUUAGUUCGGCGCUGACUCUCCUAGAGAGUCGCAUUGCACUGCAACCCUGCCCGGACUGCGCCCAAAAGUCGGCCAAGAAGCCGGAAAUGGCCGACAAAAGCCUCGAGACAGACGAGAGUCUUGGCAACGAAAUAAAACACAACGGUCACAAUAUAACACCUCCGCCCGUACAGCGAAUUAACAUAAUACAGGAAAAGAUAAAGGCGGAUGCAGCCGAUGCUUUGGAGAAGACCUGUCCCAUGUGCGGCAAGAUCUAUUCCAGCCAGGUGACAUUUAACGCCUUCCGGGAACAUGUGGAGAUGCAUUUUAUCGACGAUUCCCUGGAGUUGGAAGUAGAGAACAGUGUUGAGCGGCAAUUCGAGUUCGUAUCGCAUACCGUGGGCGACUUCUGACCCAGCCGACGCAUCUACUUUGCCACCGAGCUCUGACUUUUGUCAAAAUUGUGCUGCAAUAACCUUAGUACUGCAGUUUGACUGCGUAGAACCGCGUGCUUGUUUAGCUGGACAUUGUUACGUUUCCAUUGAUUAGGCAUGUAAGCGACAAAGCGACAUACAUAUAUCAAAAUCUUCUUACAAUAUCAUACCCUUUCCAUAUACCAUGAGUGUGCAUGAAUACUUAGUUAUUAGUUACAGAAUACGAAAUACAGUUUUAAUAUAAAGUCUAAAAAAAUGUUAAGCUACUUUCUUCUGGUGCCUGAGCCGGAGAUGAUUGAAAAGUGAAACCAGCUGCUUGCCCAACAUAAUUGCGAGCCGACAACCAAUGGCAACAAAUGAUGUUACCACAGCUAGUGGCCAUUGUCCGUCCUAAUUGAAUAGGGCUCUUAUGUAAGUCACCUACAUUAUACGAAUUGUGGAACAUUCGAAAAAGAAGUUAUAGGCGAAAGAUAAUUAUGCUGUAACUGGUCAGAGGAUUUCCCAGAUUUUUGGCUAUGACGUAGUCGGAACCUGUCUAACAACUCUGACCCAACUUAGAUGAUUCAAUAGUGUAUAAAAGAAUUGGCGAAAAGAUUGUAAAAAUAUUUUGAGAUUAAUAAUUCAGAUGCAAAUUUUAAAAUACUUUCUUUUAAUGUAAUUUGAAAGCAUCACAGCAUGGACUAAGAGAAUUAGAUAAUUCGAUAUUG